UGAAGCUGAAGGUUAUGUUAUCGUAUAAUUUUUAUUAUAUUUUUUAUUGCUGUUGAUCUUAGAAAUAGUUAUUUAUUGGGAUACAGUAAGUUAAUAAUAGGGCCACCAUGUCGCUGGAGGCGUCGCGCGUGAAGGAGGAGCCAGAUACGAUGGCCGAUGAAGUUUUCAUCAAGCAGGAGGAAUCAGAACUAGAUUGUGUGGAAGUCCCAUAUGUAGCAAUUGAAGCAGCUAUUGUGGAUGUAGAAUUUGACCCACCAGUCCCACCAGCGGACGAGGAGCCAUACAGCGAAGACUUGAGUGACCCAGCUGUGUACAUGAUUAGGCAGGACGAGCUCCUGAAACCGGAGUGUUUGGACAUAUCCUUGUGUUCGGAAGCCUCGGUCAGUCAGUAUGUUGAUGUCAAGGAUGAGCUUCUACUAGAGCCGGAAUGUAUUACCUUACCAGCCAGUCAGUUAACCAGCCUACCUAGGGAGAAAUUUAAUCCCGUUCUGACCGACUGCUGGGUCCGAAUAGAACGCUGUGAGGCCGCAGAAAAAGCAUUAAAGAAACAAAUGGCAGAAUUAUAUCAAAUAUAUGUCAAGGAAAGUAGAAUGCAGACACGAAUGAAAGACAACGACGACUUUCUUUGCGGAGAGUGUAAACAGAACGAAAAAUUCGAGUUCUGUGAAGUUUGUAAGAUGAACAUGCGCGCUCUUAACCAGUUAAGGAAUUUGCGCGGAAAUCGACAUAUCGAUAAGACAACUUUUACUUGCGAAAUAUGCUGCGAACAAUUCCAAGAAAUUAAAGAUUUGUAUCAGCAUAAAUUUGUUGUUCAUGGAAUAUAUAAAAUUCUUCAGAUGAAGAAUCCAACAGAAUUCUACAGCGCAUACUUGUCCCGUGUGUAUUCGGACAAGACCAUGAGUGGAAGCACAUCCAACUUACUUAACACUACUAACGUCAAUGCGGAUGAAAAAUUUCCAAUCGAAUACAAGAAGACAUAUGCCAGAGAAGUAAUGCCUUCUAAAAUUGGCACCGACAUAGUAAAACCAGAAAAUAUAAUACCUAAAGCCAUAUUAGACUACGAACGUACGAGAAAACCAAACUGCAAAGUGUGUAACAAACCCGCCAAGAAUAACAAACUUUGUGAUGAAUGUUUGAAACAAAGGGUAUUACGUAAUCUGUUGGUGAAAAAGGCUAGAGUUAAAAAUAAGUUAUUAGGCAAUAAGACAGUAUUAAAAAUGAAGCGACCGCAACAUUUGCGCAAAGAAAAGCACCAAACGAGCCUUAGAAAACAACCAAAGCUUAGAAAAAUAGAAACGCGCGAAUGCUUCGUUCGCCUCGAGCGCUGCGAAGCCGCCGAGCAAGCAUUAUGGCCCAUAAUUGACGCCGUAAAAUCUGAAAUUGUUACGGAAAAUACAGUAAUGUGGUCACCCCAAUCUAAUCUGACAUCUGACGAGAGUGAAGAACGUUCCUGCAGUAUGUGUAGAACGGAGACGCCAGCAGGUGUCAGAUUCUGUGUGCCAUGUGAGAAGAUACAGGCAGAAAAUUUUCUAAUUGCACUAAAAAAUGGAUUAUAUAGUAAACGGCGAGUCAGGAAUAAAUUUCCAUGACCAAUUGCCUCUAGGGCGAAAACUCGUAUAGUGGUUAACAGCUACGUAUGAUCCCUCGUGGACGUCAGCUGCCGCUCCGUUGGUGGGUAGAGGAAUGGCAGCCACCGAAACACGUAAAAAAAUAAUAAAUUUAGUCAUCGCCUCCCGCUUGAUAUUUCGUCAGAUGAUAGUUUAGAUGAUAUUGUGAAUAAAAAAUAUCGUCAGCCCGUUGUAUCGCGGUGGAAAGAACGUCAGCUUGUCGCGUGAACAUGUAAAAAAUAAGCGCUUUACCUUUUUAUGAUAGUAAUAACAAAAUCAUGAAACUAUGCACGUAGCAUUUCAUCAAGGGUUCAAUAAACUGAUUACGCAUUACUUUGCGGACAGAAAUGGUAAGGCGCGUAUAGUUAGACCAAGAAAAGUCUGCAGCUAUUUUGAUAGCAUACGCAGUGUGUUUUAUACGCCAUAAUUUCAUAGAAGUGUGACGUUUAAAAUAUACUUAAUAAUUAAACUGCGUGUGCCAUCAAAAUCGUUGCAGACUGUUUUUGGUCUAACUCUAUUUGUUACAUGUUCAUGUGACUAGCUGACGUUCUUUCCACCGCGAUACAACCGGCAGACGAUUUAUUUUAUUUUAAAACAGCAUCUAAUCUAUCAUCUGACACAAUAUCAAUCGGGAGGCGAUGACUGAAAACAUUUUUACAGUACAUAAUUAUGGUCCUAGUUUCCCGCACUAGUGCGUAAAAUAGCACUUUGUAUGUCAAAAGUUUAAAGGGCCAUAUGUACCGUAAAACUACUACAUAUUACAUAUGUACUUCGGUCGUGUUUUAAUUAAUUUAUCGUUACGAAAUUAUUCGUUCGAAUUUCCUCUUUUCCGCACUUGUAUCGUAAAUAACUAUUGUUAAGUAAUUAUCAUAGAGAAAUGUAGUAAGCAUAGAGUGCUCACUACAUACAUCAGUUUUGGUACAGUCCAGUUUAAAAACAUGGGUGUACUCAACUACUCAUCAUCCUCAAAAGUAUGUCCCAUAGCUGUUAUGUCAGCGAAUUAAGAACUAUGGGACAUAUUAUUGAGUAAAUGGUAUGCACCCAUAUUUUUAUACUUGAAUACCAAAACGCCUAUUAUUUUCGUAGUCGACAUCUAGCAUCGAGUAGCGAAAUUAUCAGUACCGCUACUUGAUACUAGAUGUCUUGAGUGUCGCGACUCACGAAAAUUGUACUGAACAACAAUUUACAACUAAUAUUACAAGCAGCAGGAGUUGAAAUUGUUGAAAAUAGAGUUCAGGUUAAUCCGGUUAUAAUAUUAGCUGAAAAUUGUUGAGCAUUAGACUUUUCGGUCGGUGCUACAUCUAUUGUCAAGUAGCGGUACUGAUAAUUCCACUACUCGAUGUUAGAUGUCGACUACGAAAAUAAUAGGCGUUUUGGUACCAAAACUGAUAUAAUUUUUUUAAGAUUAGAUACUCGUAGCGUAGGUAACAAAAAUUAUAAAAAAGUAUGACAA